UCUUUAAAAUAUAUUUUAAGGAGAAGAAAUAUUCUCCUGUUGAACCUAGCCUUAAAUACAAAUGGUGCUGGCUCUAAACUUGUGGCGCCCAAUACAUGCGAAAAACAGGGAAAUGUCAGCCGGUGUUUCAUAACUUAGUUGACACUUAACUUUGAUCUUCGUUUCCAACUGAAGUUUAUGAAUUGUUGAUAGUACAUCGUUUCUGACAAUGGCAUCUUCGGCCUACGACAAUGAACAGCCCAUGUCAAAUGGAAUGAUCGUGAGAAUCACACUGGUCGAUUUUGUGACUUAUUCUAAUGUGGAAAUUUAUCCGAAGGCGAAGCUCAAUAUAAUACUCGGACCGAACGGAACAGGCAAAUCCACAUUUCUUUGCGCUGUGAUUCUAGGAUUGGGAGGCAAGCCGACUGUCAUAGGCAGAUCGUCCAACGUGGCAGAUUACAUUAAAAGAGGUUCUAAAGAAGCAAUAAUUGAAAUUGAAUUAUUCAAUACAAAUGGAAGAAACUAUUCAAUUAAAAGGAAGAUAAUAAAUAGAAACAAUUCCCAGUGGUUUCUUCAAGGAAAGCAAGUUGCAUUCAAAAAGAUUGAAGAAAUCUUAUCCAAAUUUAACAUAGACAUAAAUAACUUAUGUCAAAUUUUGCCUCAAGAUAGAGUUCAAGAUUUUGCUAAAAUGAAUAAAGUGGAAUUGCUAGAUGCUACACAAAAAUGUGUUGGAAAUAUACAGUUGUUUGAGUGUUUUGAAAAGUUGAAAUCUUUCAAAUCCAAUUCCAUCAAUAACAAACGCAAUUUGUUAGAUAUUAAACACAAAAAUCAAAUUGAAGCAGACAAACUGGCAAAAUUAGAAGAAGAAGUGAACACAUUUAGAAAAAGGCAAAAUGCAAUUGCAACCCUUGAUAAUAUGAAGAAGAAAGUUCUUUGGUUACAAUUCGAAGAAAAAGAAAAACAUAGGGUGGAGUUUUCUGAACAAGUCAAAAAAGUUGAAGAGUUGUGUGUGCAAGUCGAUGCUGAGGUAAAACCAGUUCAAGAGGCCAUAAGAUCAACAUUGAAGCUUGAAACAAACAUAACGAAACAAAUUGAUGACAUGACACACAAAUUGACAAAUUUAAAACACGAAGAAAAAGAAAUGGUCAAGAAACUUUUAAAACAAAAAAGUAAGUUAAACACUUCGAAAAUUGAUUUCGAUCAAAAGAUUGAGUCAGAGAGAAAUAGAGAAAAAGAAAUACAAGAGUGUAAGAAACAGCUGGACAUCAUUUCUAGAACACUUCCAAAAUCUACAGAAAAUGACUUAACGUCAGAGUUAAAAAGUAUAGAAGAAGAAUUAAGAAUGAUUGGAAAUAAAAAGUGUGAUCUAAGGAAAGAGGAGUAUACUCUACAGCAAAAUUAUUCAAAUGUAAAUGAACAAUUAAAAGUUAUCGAUUACAAAUACCAACAAGCAUGCAGUAUCAAAGAAAGUAAAAUGAAAUUGUUGCAUGAGAAUCCAGAUUUACACACUGCCCAUGAUUGGCUUCUGAACAAUCAACAUCAAUUCAAGAAGAAAAUUUAUGGCCCUGUGUUUUUAGAAAUAGAUGUUAACAAUGCAGAUAAAGCCAAAUAUGUAGAAAAAUGCAUUAGGUACAGGGAUCUAAUCGCUUUUGUUUGUGAGGAUCCUGAGGAUAUGAGUAAAUUUUUUGAAAUAAUAAGAGAUAAAGGUUUACAAAUAAAUACGCUUCAUUGCAGCCCUCCAGACAGGGAUAUAAGAACUAUGUUUCCACCAACUCUGCCCUUGUCAGAAAUUAAACAGUUUGGCUUCACUGAUUAUGUGCUAGAUUUUAUUAAAGCACCACCAGUUAUUUUGAAGAUGCUAUGCCAGAAAUUUAGAGUUCAUGAAGUGCCUAUUGGUUCAGCAGAGGUCGAACAGAAUUUCAGUAGUAUACCUCAUCAAAUAAAAUACUACUUUGCAGGAGACAAAUGUAUUCAGUCAAAAAAGUCUAGAUUUUCUGGAGAAGUGAUACAUAAUGUAAAGGAAAUCGGUUCAGCGAGGUUCCUCUCGUUUCCUAUCAAUGAUGAAUUAAUAGAUUCAUUAACUGUAGCGUUAAAUGAAAAAAAGGAAUCCGUAAAAGUUAUAAAACAUAAUUUGGUUGAGAAACAACAAAAGUAUAAAGAAUUGGAUGUACAGAUGAAUCAUUUAAAAAAUAAAAAACGUGACCUUCAUAUAGCUAUUGAACAUAUUAAAACCACAACAGUUCGAUUAAAAAUGAAAGAAGAAGAACUUAAGUUAAUGGAAGAUAAUAAAAUAGAUGUUAAUGUUGAAAUGGAUCAAUUAAACCAGUUGGUCCAGAGUUGUCUGAAAGAAUCCGUUUUAAUUCAAAAACAACUGAAUACAAUUGUUAAUAAACAAAGUAAAAAUAACAUAUCCUUAAGUCUGAAAAAUUUAGAACAUGACCAAAUCACACGGGUAUUAACCGAGAAAGAAAAAAAAAGUGCAUCAAUCAAAAGGAAAAAAAAUGAACUUGUAGAAAAAUUGGAAAAUAAAAAAAAGGAAUAUUUGUCUUUAAAGAAUGAAGUUAAAUUUCUUCUAAACCAAGCAAGAAAAUCAACAGACGGAUUGACGCCUGAUGAUGACAAGUUUAUUAAAAAAUAUGCACCUCAGUUUUCGCAAUUUGCCGAAAAUAUUGACGAAUUACAGCAAAGUAUAUUACAGUUAGAAAAUGAAGUGGAUUUAAUCAGGGCAGCUAGUAAAAAAAUUUUAUCCGAUUAUAAAGAGCAACAAGAAAUUGUCUCAAAACUGAGGGGCGAGGUAGAAAAAAUGGAAGUUAUGAUUGGUUCUGAGGAGCAAGAGUUGAAUGCAUUAAAAGAAAACUGGUUCACCACCGUUCUAGCUUUGUUGGAUGGAAUUAAUUUAAAGUUUUCUGAUUAUUUGAGCUUUUUGGGUUGUAGUGGUUCUGUUGAACUUGAUCAUGGAAAAGAUCCGGAGGAUUAUGAAAAUUAUGGCGUCAGUAUCAAAGUAAAAUUCAGGAAUGAUGAACCACUGCAAGAGUUAAAUGCCUAUGUGCAAAGUGGGGGAGAAAGAUCUCUUACAACCGCAAUUUUCCUCUUAUCGCUUCAAAACAUAAUUAAAGUGCCAUUUAGAUUUGUUGAUGAAAUCAAUCAGGGGAUGGAUGCCUUUAAUGAAAAAAGAGUGUAUUUUUUGAUAACGUGUGCUGUUUGCAAGGAUCCUCAAGCCCAAUAUUUUUUAAUCACUCCGAAGUGGCUUGAAGACAUGAAGUUGUCAGUUGAAACAACCAUUCAUGUCAUUUAUGCUGGUGCUUUCAGCGGCUUGAACUCGUUGGAUGAUACUGAGUGUAGUGUGCAAUCAGAUGAGGAAGAUAUGUACAAUCCCCCUUUUGGCACUUCCGUGUGGUCAAAGCAAGCUUAUUUCAGGGCAUUGGGGAUUUAAUAGCAUUUUAAUUUAAUUAAAUUUUAAAUUAUCGUUUAAAUAACUGACUCCUUGGAGGAGUUGGUCAGAACACGAUCUUUUAAAAUAUUUAAUUUUUGUUUCACUGUAUUAUAUUUUUGUUUAAUAUAUGUAAAUUUAAUAUUGUAAGAAAUGUUACUAGAUUUUAGACAUUGUUAUAAGUAAAAUAAGUUAACAAUUGUAUUAUUAUCUUUGUAUUGUUUUACUUGUUGAUGAAGUUUGGUGUUGUUGCUUCCUUAGAACCUCUUUUAACCUAGAAGAAUAUUUAAUGAUGUGUAAUAAAAAUAUU